AUGUCCCGUCUUGCUGCAUGGUCUGUUAUCCGAACGGUAUUAAUGAAAAAAAUGUUUGCAGUAUUUAAAAUGGUUCUCGGAACACUUGCUUUAAGCUCAGGUUCCUACCUACUUCUUCCAGCAUGUUCUGAACGGCAAGAACUGCAAGACUGCGCUGGACUACGGGCAGUCAUGCCAAUCGGUGAUGUGCGUCCUCUUAGUGCCUUAGCCCUUAUAUUUAUGCGCGGAGGUGAGUCGGGGGAUGGCGUCCCGCUAACUAAGUGCCUUGCUCCUUCAAAUGUUGUUCCUGUCAUUCCUCGUCUAUUGCCGCUUCCAACAGCUUGCAAGGACAAAGAUCCAACUAUUUGCAAUGCCAUUUUUGCCGUCCGAUCGGUCGCUGUAGAUAAUGCAGUUGCAGGAAAUGCGUUUUUGGUCAAUCCCAACUGCCAAAACGCGACUGUUCUUACAGCUGCUGAAGCUUUGCGUCCGUCCUCAUGUGCAAUUUGUUGCUUAACACCUGAAUUUAGUCGCCGAAAUUGUAUGUUUCUUAUUGUACAAACCUACUUAAUGAGAAGACGAUUUCUUCAGGAAAUUAAGUGA